AAUAGUCCAAAACCGAUAAUAAGAAUAUUGAAUUUUUCCCUGCAAAGAAGACAAUCCAUGGGAUAUUUUUGAGGAAUUCCUCACAAAAUACAACUGCAAAGACAAUUUCAUUCUAUAACAAAAAAAGUGUAAACAAACAUAUCCAAAAUGAUUGGACUAAAGUUCAUCUCUAUGGCAAAGCCUCGGAAAAUACUUGCAUCUUCAUCUCGACCCACUGACCCUUCACCUUCUCUUCCAUCUCCUUCUCCUUCUUCUAAUAACUUAAACCCUCCACUCCUCAAAUCCCAACCAAGACUGGAGCUGCAGAAGAAAAAGAAGCAGAAUCAAAGGCAACUUUCAGUUGCAGAGAUUGAAAGAGCCAUUGGUGCUGGCAUUUUCCGAGACAGAGAUACCAGCAGGGAAGCAAAGGAGAGCAAGACCUCGUUUGAUUCAAUUUUGUCAAAUUCUGAAGGAGAUGUGGAAAGGAAGCUAAGGGAAACUGAUGAAUGGCUUAUUGAUAAAACUGAAGACAUAUCUGCCUCUGCUGGAAAGAAGAUUUUAGUUGUUGUGUUUAAAUGGAUUCUACCCUUGUGGAUUCUUGCAUUUCUUGUGGCUUCUGGGAUGGUCAAUCUACCAUUUAGUACCCCAUUUCUUGAUGACUUACUUCUGUAAAGCAGUUUAAACUCAUAGAGACUUUAUGUUACUUUCUCUUUUAUAAAAUAUAUGUACUACUUCUUCCUUAAUAAAGAGGAAAUCUGGACAAUAAACUACUUAAAAGCUGAAAAAUAAUUUCAAAAGAUCAAUGUGUUGAAGCCAAUGUUGAAAAAAAUAAGAGAAGGGGUUGAGAGCUAGCUGACUUGGUGAGCUCAUUUUUUUCCGCAGUUUAGGUGGGGGGUUCAGAACUCAUUAGUAGCGUUGUAUCCCCUCUUACCCUCCCCCCCAAACCCUUUCCCCCCUCCUGAUGUUAAAAAAAAUCAAGAGAAACAUGGUUUGUAGAUAUCUAAAGAAUAUGAUCUAAGCUUGGACGUAGUUAUCGCGAUCUAUAUAGUUUAGUGAUAGUAGUUUCUUCUACCUCUGGCAGAAUUUUCAAUUCUGGCGCGUUUGAAGAGAAUGUGUUGAGAAAUAUGAUUCUGUAUAUAUAUAUCCUCUUUGCACCAUUUUGUGUGUUUCUCACAAAUUACAUGAAAACAUUAUGUUUAAAUGUCGUAUUUAAAUGAGAAUGGCUUGUACUCAUGCAUUAGAGACGGAUUCAAAAAAAUGCUAAAAUGUCACAAGCUUUAUCAUUACAAUGAUAUCUUUCUUUGUAUUAAUGAGAUUGAUGUAACGACCCGAUCGAUCGUUUUGAGCUUUAGCGUUUCAUUUGGUGGUUUGAGACUUUGAGUAGCUUCAUAUGAUGUAUAACUUGAGUGUAUGGUCGGUUUUUGUUUUCGAGUGGUUCAGGAUUGAUUUUGAAGAAUGACUCUUGAUUUGGAAACUUUAAGUUGGAAGAGUUGACCAAGUUUUGAUUUUAAACGGACUCGGAAUCGGGUUUUAAUUAUUUCAAUAGGUUCGUAUGAUGAUUUGGACUUGUACAUAUGUUCGAAUUUGGUUUCGGAGGUUCUUGGAAGAUUUGACAUUAUUUGUUGAAAGUUGGCAAUUUGAAGAACCUAGUAGUUCAUAAGUUUGACCAAGAGUUGAGUUUGAUGUUAUUGGACUCCAAUUGGUGUUCCGAGACUUUGGAUAGAUCUAUAUAGUUGAAUUGAAGUUGUGUGCAAAGUUUGAAAGUAAUCUGAAGUAUUUACGUGUGAUUCAGACAUUCUUUUGAAAGAAUGGAGAUUUAACAACUUUAGAGAAAUUCUAUUCGGUUUGAGCCU